AUGUACUCAGGUCAUCCACUUGGUCUGUUCCCAAGUCAUAGCGAUGCCCCACGGGUGACCAUAACCAAUGGAAUGAUGAUUCCAAACUACUCCACAAAGCCGCUAUACGAUAAAUAUUUCGCCUUGGGUGUCACGCAGUAUGGGCAGAUGACAGCCGGCAGCUACUGUUAUAUUGGGCCGCAGGGCAUUGUCCAUGGCACGACGAUCACGAUUUUGAAUGCUGGGCGACGUUAUCUUGGGACGGGUGACCUCAAAGGAAAGGUAUUCGUGACCGCCGGACUGGGUGGAAUGAGUGGAGCGCAGCCCAAAGCCGCCACAAUUGCCGGUUGCAUCUCAGCCACUGCCGAGGUAGAUUAUAUUCACAAGGGUAAGCCGCAGUCCGUACGUAGACCUUGCUAUGACCGCGCAGUGCAGGCUGGGAUCACUGAACUUAAUCGUAAAAACUACUAA